CUGAUUGGCUGAUUCAGACAUGCUAUCAAUCUCUCAGCCAGCAGCCAGCCCGGAACGAAGGAGGCAGGCCACGCCCAUGAGGGAGAACGCUCUCUGCUCCUGCCUCCUCUCCUCCCUCAUAUCUAAACUGCAACUCUCUCUCUCUCUCUCUCUCUCUCUCUCCAUCGCCACUACUGCUGGCGCAGCGAGAUGACCAACCACGCCAAGGUUCACGACAGCAGCAGAGAAAACUUAGUGGAUGCCUACUCAGGAAAGCUUGGGGGGUGGGGCUGGCUUUUGGUCACCUUAUCCUUGAUGAUGACAAUUCUGACCUUUCCUAUCAGCAUAUUCAUGUGUAUAAAGGUAGUGCAGCAGUACGAGCGCGCGGUUGUGUUCAGACUGGGACGCCUAACCGACAAGAAGCCUAAAGGACCAGGUAUCAUCUUUGUGCUGCCCUGCAUUGACACCUUUGUGAAGGUGGACAUGAGGACUGUGUCCUUUGGAAUCCCACACCAAGAGAUCCUGACCAAAGACUCGGUGACGGUGUCUGUGGACGGCGUGGUGUACUUCCGGGUCAACUGCCCCAUCUCGUCGGUGGUGAACGUGUCCAACGCCCACUUUUCAACUCACCUGCUGGCCCAGACCACCCUGCGGAACGUCCUGGGCACCAAGAACCUGGCCGAGCUGCUGUCGGACAGGGAGGGAAUGUCGCGCAGCAUGCAGGUGUGCCUGGAUGAGGCCACAAAUCCGUGGGGCAUUAAGGUGGAGAGGGUGGAGAUCAAGGAUGUGACCCUCCCUCAGCAGCUCCAGAGAUCCAUGGCGGUGGAGGCAGAGGCCAUGAGGGAGGCCCGGGCCAAGGUGCGGACAGAUGAACUGGUCACAGAGUGUGCAGGACUACAGGACUGCAAAUCCCAGAGUCUGUGCAGGAAGUUAGGUUUUCAAGGAGCUGCAUGCAUGGUGAUCGCGGCGGAGGGCGAGAUGAACGCGUCUCGGGCGCUGAAGGAGGCGUCGGUCGUGAUCGCAGAGUCUCCGUCCGCCCUGCAGCUGCGCUACUUGCAGACGCUGGGCACGGUCGCGGCUCAGAACAACUCCACCAUCGUCUUCCCCCUGCCAAUCGACCUCAUGCAGCACUUUAUGUACAGGAAGUGACCCCCUCCCCCCCACCUGCUUAAGGGGGUCACCGCGGGAAUCACCCAAUCACGGUGAUCCCCACUGUCACUCUUUUAAAAAGCAUGUUGUCAUGACAACAGCCUCAGAGAGAAACCACACUAGACACAUGCUUAAUCCCACACCAGGCCAGAUAUGUAUUUCUCUAUAGACAAUAUGCCUAAUGGUGAAAGGCGAGUAUACCUUUAGUAAGCUGAGAAUGAUAUAGCAAUGAUAUGGCAAUUUAAAAUUUUUAAAGCAUGUAUUAUGGCACUUUAGGGGUCACUGUACUAUAUGUCAACAAGUAUCCUAAAUCUCUUGCUGUUCAUAAAUAUUUAAAAAUAAUUAAUAUAUAAUAUACUAUAUAUAAAAUUGUGUAAGGCAAAAUUUUGCACAUUUUGGUAAAUUCUCUGGACAUAAAUUGCAAUAGAUAAUGUAUGGAAGAAUAAAUGAAAAAAUGUUCCUGCUCAAUCAUCACAUCACCAAACUUCAAUGUUUAGCCUUAAUUUAGGGUUAUGGACACUGUAUGAAGUGUAUGUAUUGUAAAUAAAAUUAUUAUUUUUUA